CAAAAGUGAAGCAGCACUUGGCGCCCGUGACGACGACGACGACUCAACGUGCAGCGUGAGAGCUCCUCCUGGGCUGGAAAUCCCGGUGAAAACUUGACCUCCAGAGAGAGCAAGCACUCACCUCGUCAAAAUCGGAGGCUCGCACAGACAAACAAAUUUUGAUGAUGGACUUUUUAGCAGCAGCAGUAGGUUCGUUACUUUACUUUUAGGUUGAGUUGAGGUGAAGAAGAGUGAGUGCCAGGCGCUCUGUUGUCCGUCAAAGGCCGCAGUAGCAAAAGGAGAGGAGCACAUCUUCAAUCUUAUUAUAAAGGAAAAUAUAUAUUAUUAUAUACUCUUUCUUCGGUCGGGCUUGUAUUGUUGGUCGUUUGGUGGUGGUGGUGGUUGGUGGCAAUAAGUAUAAAUAUAUUACUCGAUAAGACGGAAGAGGAGGAAGACUUAUCUGGGAACAUAGAGCGUGAAAAAAUAGGGAGAAGAUAAGGUCCAGAGAGAGGCGGGUGGGAAGUCGAAAUUAUAGUGUCAUAUACAUUCAAUAUCAAUUCGGAUAGUUUUUCGUCUGGAUUUUCGUUAACGGCCGAUGUGGUGGUGACAGAGAGAGGCAGAGGCAGGCAGGCAGACGGAAGAGAAAGUUCGUCAAGUGUAACAAUAAUAAGUACUUCUCGGAAUCUUUAACUGCGUUCGUGUCCUGGACUGGUGGUGACGUGACGAGUGGUUGGGAAGAAGGUUUUUGACUCGAUUUUUCUCCAGGGGCGGAUAUCCAUCGACAUGUUGUCUUCUUCCUCGAACGAUGUAGAGAAUAAUGAGGUCCAGUGGUGUUUCUCACAGGUUAAAGGAGCUUUGGACGACGAUGUGACUGAAGCCGACAUCGUGUCCUGCGUAGAGUUUAAUCAUGACGGCGAAUUCCUAGCAACGGGGGAUAAGGGGGGACGGGUCGUAAUAUUUCAGAGAGAUGCAGGAUCCAAGAGUAGCAUUCCAAGGCGUGGAGAAUAUAAUGUGUACAGUACAUUUCAAAGUCAUGAACCUGAAUUUGAUUACCUCAAAAGUCUGGAAAUAGAAGAAAAAAUUAACAAAAUUAGAUGGUUAAGGCGAAAAAAUCCUGCUCAUUUCCUUCUGUCCACUAAUGACAAAACCAUCAAGUUAUGGCGAGUUACGGAAAAAGAGUGGAAAGUUGAAGGUUUCAACUUAAAAGAAGAAAAUGGAACUUAUAGAGAUCCUGCCAAUUUGACCCAACUUUCGGUCCCGAAAGUUACGCCUACAAAUUUGAUGGUGGAAGCUUCUCUCCGCCGUGUUUUCGCCAAUGCCCACACAUACCAUAUUAACUCAAUCAGUGUGAAUUCCGACCAGGAAACCUACCUAUCCGCAGAUGAUCUCCGUAUAAAUCUCUGGAACCUGGAAAUUACGGAUCAAAGUUUCAACAUCGUAGAUAUUAAACCCGCGAACAUGGAAGAGUUGACCGAAGUGAUAACUGCUUCCGAGUUCCACCCAACCAGUUGUAAUUUGUUUGUAUAUAGCAGUAGUAAGGGAACGAUUCGACUUUGCGAUAUGAGAGAGGCAGCUUUGUGUGAUAGACACGCUAAACUGUUUGACGAGCCUGAAGACCCCACAAAUCGAAGCUUCUUUUCCGAAAUCAUAUCUAGUAUAUCGGAUGUGAAAUUUUCAUACUCGGGCCGCUACAUGGUGUCACGGGACUACUUGUCGAUCAAGAUUUGGGAUCUACACAUGGAGUCGAGACCAAUCGAAUGUUUUUCCGUUCACGAGUAUUUGCGUUCAAAGCUGUGUUCACUAUACGAGAAUGACUGCAUCUUCGAUAAGUUUGAGUGCUGCUGGAACGGCACGGAUACAGCCGUGAUGACUGGUUCGUACAACAAUUUCUUCCGCAUUUUCGACCGUACCUUAAAGAAAGAUUACACACUGGAAGCUUCCCGGGACGUUGCCAAACCCAAAAUGGUUUUGAAGCCGAGAAAAAAGGAUGAAAUUGGGGUCGAUUGCUUAGACUUUUCCAAGAAAAUACUUCACACAGCGUGGCACCCGAGGGAAAAUAUUAUCGCCGUGGCGGCUACCAAUAAUCUCUUUUUAUUUGAAGAAAAAGCUUAAAAACUCUUCAUUUCUUUACUUAUGUACUAUCCUCGGUUACUGAUCCAUUUAAAAAUGUACUGACCAGAACUAAACGGGAAGGACCGUAUAAAUAAGGGGGUGUGCCACCACGCCAGUUUUUUGACCAAGUAUGGACGUACAAUUACAUGAAAUUUUACCUUUGUGCAUGUACCUUUGAAAAAUCAGUGUGAAUUUAUUCUUUUCAAAACGUACAUGAAAAACUACAACACUUGAAUUAAGUGGAACAAUAAAGUUUAAGCAUUAUUAUUAUUA